GGUUGUCGCGCGUGUCUCUGACGUCAUCGGGCAGCAUCAGACCCUGGGACAGACGCUGUCUGUGCUGAUCUUUGACGUUUUAUCUGUCAACUACCGACGCGCGCGAGUCUCCGCCGCGCGCAGCAGCUCCGUGAACAUGGUCUGCGGCGGGUUCACCUGUUCUAAGAACGCGCUGUGCUCCCUCAACGUGGUUUACAUGCUGGUGGGGCUGCUGCUGAUCGGAGUGGCAGCAUGGGGGAAAGGCUUCGGCCUCGUGUCGAGCAUCCACAUCAUCGGGGGGGUCAUCGCGGUGGGUUUCUUCCUGCUGCUCAUCGCCAUCGUCGGCCUCAUCGGAGCGAUUCACCACCACCAAGUGAUGCUUUUCUUCUACAUGGUGGUUCUCUUCAUCGUGUUCCUCUUCCAAUUUGGAGUUUCCUGUUCCUGUCUGGCGAUGAACCGCGGGCAGCAGGAGACACUUCUGAACUCUACGUGGGGAAUUUUGGAAAACAAGACCAAGACGGACCUGGAGAGUCAACUGAACUGCUGUGGGCUGCUCAACGGGACCAGCAGCCGGACACAGUUUGAACUGGAUUUGCAGAACUGCCCGGCUUUUUGCAAAAAGGACGGUUUCUGUUUCUCCUGUGGGGAUAAGAUGCUGAAUCAUGCAACGGAGGCCCUGAAGAUCCUCGGGGGCGUCGGGCUCUUCUUCAGCUUCACAGAGAUCCUCGGCGUGUGGCUCGCCGUGCGCUACAGAAACCAGAAGGACCCACGAGCCAACCCAAGUGCUUUCCUAUAGUCCGCCCCUCGUUCGCAGUGUAGUGCCAUAGAUGCAGUUUUCAGACACACACACACACACACACACACACACACACACACACACACACACACACAGAGUAGUGCACAUCUAGAGGCAGACACUCGGGCAUAUGAUACUGAGCCACACCAACCACGACAACACACAACGAACGAGUGCACCUGACAAACACCGAGGAACACAACACCCGCACCUUCACCUGAGAUCCAGAAACCACAACAACCUGUCACUUGUCCACCGUUUCUUUUUGCCAGAGCCGAGGCUGCCACAGCUGGAUACUUGUGUAUGAAAGGACGACUUGUUUUACCAGGUCCUCGUUGUUGGUAUCACGACGCAGCCUUGACUCGAGUUCCAGAUUCCCUGCUCGGUUUCCUAAUACGUAAGAGGCGCUGCGAUAGCUCUGCAUGUGUCGUGCGCCUGCAACAACCUCUUCAUUCCACACAGAAACCAAGUGGCUGUGCAUCGUCCAACAGAUUCACUCUUAUGCACCUUGAAUCUUUCCUGUAGUGUAGUGCCACCACCUAACAACGCGUAUAUCCCUCUGGUCAGUGACGUGUGAAUCUGUAAAUGUUCAGUGUGAUGACUCAGCUGAAUGAGCGGGAAAGACGACAAACUGGAUGUGUGGUGUAAAGUAGUUUUGGUUUUUUUUUUGUGUGUUUUUUUGGUUGUUUUUUUUCCCCGAUGCCACAAAUGCCGAGUUCGAACAGGUUUAGGGCGUAAGAAUAGAUUUUAGGUGACGUAGUUGCUUGUCAUUCUGGUUCUUGUAUUUAUGAACUGUAACUGAGCCAACUAACUUUUAACAGUCAGAGACGUUAGGAUGCCGCCGGACUGCAGCCGUGUUGUUGUACAUAAUCUUUAAAUACUGUAGUUCUCAGAGAUCCUCCUCCUCCUCCUCCUCCUCCUCCUCCUCGUCCUCCUCCUCCUCCUCCUCCUCCUCCUGUCUCCUCCGCCCCUCUAGUGAUGAGGUUUGCCUGCAUAGUUGACGAUAUUUCACCCUUCCUGUAUUUAAUACUUUCCUUUGUGUCGCACAUUGAUGUUGCUUAGAAUAGAUUCUGCUGGUUUAAAAAAACGUGAAUUCAGGUACGCGUCGUUUCCUCCUGUGUAACUGGAAGAAAUCUCAAUAAUGUAAAAGUAAAAAAAAAAAAAACGAGAAUGUGCUGUUUGAUUUGAAGUAUUUGGGUAAAUUUUGGCCAAAUCUGCUUUGCAAACCCAGUUUUGUUUUUAUGGUGUUAAUUGUGAAAAUGCUUCUUCUUCUUCUUUUUCAAUAUUUGAAACGAUUCUACUUCGGUGGAUUUAUUUUCGCCGGCGUGAUUAACGUGUUCCCCAUCGGCUCUUUCUGUUCAUCAGUGUUAAAUGCUUUGUAAAGACGUGUUCGAUGUGUUCGAGAUCUAUUUAACUUAAGUUUGAUGACGCACAUUAGGUUAAAGUUGUGUUGCAGUUUGGAUGAAAUCAUUUUUAAUGCCUCGCUUGAUGUUUGACUUCUCGUGUUGAUGAAUCACUGCUCAUUCAUUCUCUGUGUGAUGUUUGUUUUCUUCUCUUUUGAAUCUGCUUUUAACUUAAAGGACUAACACAGACUGUAAUUACAUGUCUUACUUGAACCUGUCAACUUCGCUGAAAUGGAUUUUCCUGCUGCUGGUUUGGAUUCGUCGUUGGUGUAAACGAGCAUUUUUGACAGAUCUUAAACAUUGAAACGUUAAUGUCAUAUAUUUCACCUCACUUUGAAUUUGUGUGCACUUGUUAUUCAAACGUAUCCUGGACUUUUUGAGACUUAAUUUUCCAAAUAAUAAAACCUCAAAUUGGGAACCGUU